GCGCAUGCUCCCGCCGCUCGGACACGCUUGAUAAUCAGCCAAUUGUGAGGAAGGCGGAGUCUGAGCCUGCACCUUCCCCCGGGGCCCAGGCAGCACGCGCCGGAAAUACGUCACGGGCCGCAGCCCGGCUGUUACUCUUGGGGCCGGUUGCCGGUUCCCGUGGCGCUCCGUGGGUUCCGAUCGGUUGCGGGGGUGGUUGGCUCGUCUGUCUCUGGCGCGUGCGGCCGUUGGGGGCGGCCAUGUCGUAUCCGACCGUCCGGAAGGUGGCGAUGGUCUCGUGCCUGGUGCUGUGCGUCUCGCUGCUCCUGCCUCGGACCUUCCUGUCCCGGGGCGGGACGCAGGAGCCCGGCAGCGCGCCGCCUACCCCGCCCGAGGGGAAGACAAGUCGUUUUCCACCAAUGAUGCGUCACCAGAUGUCCCCCGAUGGCCGGUCUUCUGGUGCCCAUUUUCCAAGGUCUCACCUGGCAGAGGCAGUUGCCAAGGCCAAGGGUGGUGGAGGAGGAGGUGGCAGUGGGAGAGGUCUGGUGGGGCAGAUCAUACCCAUUUAUGGAUUUGGAAUCCUGUUAUACAUACUGUACAUUCUGUUUAAGCUCUCUUCCAAAGGAAAAACCACUACAGUGGAGCGGAAAUCUCCUUCUCCUAUACCUGGAAACAUGAAUAGGAAAAUCACUGACUAUGAGCUCACGCAACUACAAGAUAAGCUGAGAGAGACUGAGGAGGUGAUGGAAAAAUUAAUCAAUAGAGUAGGACCUAAUUGUGACAGCAGGGCCCAAAAUGUUACAACAGGCCAGGAAAAGAGAUUACUGCAGCAGCUCCGAGAGAUCACUAGGGUCAUGAAGGAAGGUAAACUCAUAGAUGGCAUCUCCCCAGAGAAGGAAGCUGAAGAAGCUCCUUAUAUGGAGGAUUGGGAAGGUUAUCCAGAAGAGACCUAUCCUGUCUAUGAUAAUUCUGAAUGCUUCAAGCGUAGACAGGACACAAUCCUUGUGGAUUACCCUGAUCUGAACGAGCCCUCUGCUGAAGAGAUAGCUGAAAGAAUGGAGGUUAUGGAAGAUGAGGAUUAUUUGUGUAGUGAAACUUUACUGUCUGCUCUCACUACAGAGUGUGAAAACCAUGAUAUAGGACAGAAAAAGGACGAGCAGAUCAGCUUCAGUGACCAAGGUGGUGUUCUCCAUCACAGCCAUAACUUUGAGAAGUGCUACUGUUGCCACUAUGAAGAGGAUGAUCCUGCUGUCAUCGCAGAGAAUGCUGGGUUCCAGGCUGACAGCUGCAGCGAGGCUGAAGACACAGCCAAAGAUGAUCUCUCCAUGGAUUCUGACAACGAAAAAGCAGGACUGAAAAGCCAAAAAGUCAAUGAUAUGGAUGCAGUAGGCAUGCUGAGAAAGCGAAACACAAAGGGACUUGAGUAAUAGGGACCACCAUGUGUGGCUAUAGCAAGAGUCCUCAAACUCUCACACCUGUGUUCUUUGUUCUUGACCCACAUUUAUCUUCUCCAUUUCCAGCUCUUGGCCAUGAUCACACCACUACCUGAACUGGAAGCUAAUGGCCCUCUUUAAAUUACUCCAUUAUUGCGUCCAGCACAUGCUUGCUAGAGACUGCUAUGAACGGGAACAGAAGAUUAUUUUGUUCCAAUAUCCACACUCUGUCUUUACUUAAUCCUGUGUGAUUACUGCCUCUGAAUAACCACCUCUUCCUCUGAAAUGUUAGCUGCACUGUAGUGUCCUGCCUCGAGCCUACCUGCUGCCUUUGACAGCUAUCAGUUAUGAAAACAAGACCAUUUGCAUCAGAUUAUUUAGGAAGAUGGAGAGGAAUGUGUUAAGUUUCGUAGCUUCUCUUUUGCGCUGAAGCAGAUGGUAAGUAUCUUCUCACCUAACCGGCAAGGCAAUCUGCAGGGACAACACGAAUGACCAACUCCUUUUUCAACCACAUUGCUGUCACAGUAAUUAAUUAAUAUAUACGACAGAACAGGAUAUGCAUUCCUUGACCAUUGGGGCACUCUGGGCCAAGUACCUGCAUGCACUUUCAGAAGUGAAACAGUGUCUCAGGGCUGCAUGUGCUCACAUGCCUUUAUCAUUUAAUCAUUUAAUUUAUCAUUUAAUUUAAACCUCUCACAAAGCGUCCACUAAGGUUUACAUUGUAUGUUAUUUAUGAUAGCAGCCUACUGUGAAAAUAGUCCAUAGAAGGGAAAAAUCAUAGUGAAAACACUGUAAACUCUUUUCUUCUUCUAUUUAGAAUAUAUUUAUUUUUACUUUAUUUUUAAAUGCAUCCAUUGUAAAGAGUUGUGGUCUCUUUAGGACUCCGUCUUGCUCCAGCUAUGUCUUGAAUAGUUUGAUUACUUUCUGAGUACGUGUCUCAACAACAUUUAGCACAGGCCUCACGCAACGGAGAGGCUGAAGGGAAGGUGGCUCUUAGCCUGCUCCAAGUUCUGGUGGGGGCAAGGGUUGCUUAACUUACUGCGGCACUAGAGCUCCCGCUAGGCCGUUCACCUGGAUGGGGAUGCACACAAGGCACGCCAGGCAUGCCCUGCACAGCCCCAAGCACCUCCCCUACGUCAGGAGUGGUUCGCAUAGAGCCAGUCACUUGGAACAUGUGGACGCCCCUUCACCACAGGGAUCCCGUGGAGCAGCUUUGUGCUGCUACUGAAGGUUUUUUGGUUUUUUUUCCUCACCUCUAUUUAAUGAAGUGUUAAGCUGGAGCAGUAAUGGCAGGUGCUGUCAGAUACCAGACCAGAAGUUGUUUCAUGCGCCCUGCCCGCUAAUAUUAUCAUGUGCUUGAAAACAAAUGCUCUAAUGAGCUGCUUGGUCUCUUGUUUGCCUAUAUGCCCAGCUGCUGAAAAGGGCACUGUUUUCAGUGGCAAGACAUUAUGCCACUUCAUUUAGGGAAUGUGCUCCCGCCCUUUACAAGCGGCAUUUCUUUCUCCAUGUAGCUCCAGCAUCAGUGCUUGUAAAAUACUUUAUUAGCUGUACUAACAGUUGUGUGAAAAGCAAAUACUCCAGGGGAGGGAAAGGCAGUCGGGGGACUGUGGACACUUCUGGCUGUUAACAUACAUCUUCAUGUAUUACUCCUGGGGGACUUCUGCGCCACUGCAUGCUUUUUUUUCUACCCACCAAAAAUAACUUUUGCCCACCAGGGGGCACCGUGGCACUAGAAUUGAGCAGCCACUCCCAGCCAGCCCCAGUUACCAUAGGGAAGAGAAUGAACCUGCCUUCUUCCCAGUGCCAGUCAGGAGACAGGGAAUCAGACAGCAUGGGGCUGCUGGAGUGGGAGGGGGUCACAGAUGGGUUCAUAAGGGCUAGUGGGGGAGGACAGAUUGUGUUUGGGGCUGAAUGAGUGUGGAGGCUGAGGGCCACAGCGGGGUGGAGUAGGGUUGCAAACUUUCUAGUCACACAAAACCGCCUCUGCACCGAGGCCCUGCCCCCCCCCGCUCACUCAAGCCCCUUCCCACUGACACUCGCUCUCCCCCACUCUCACUCGCUCAUUUUCACGGGGCUGAGGCACAGAAUGGGGUGAGGGCACUGGCUGGGGUGGGCAGGCUCUGGGUUGGGGCUGAGGGGUUUGGAGUGUGGGAAGGGGCUCUGAGGUGCGGCAGUAGGAAGGGAUACAGACAAAUGAGGGGUUCAGGGUACAGGAGGGGGCUCCAGGUUGGGGGCCAAGUGGUUCAGCGUGCGGGAGGGGUUCCAAGCUGAGGCCAGAGGUUGGGGUGUGGGAAGGGGUACUGGCUCCAAGGUAGGGCCAGAAAUGAGGGGUUCAGAGGGCUCAAGGCUCCAGGAGUGAGUUUGGGUGUGGGAGGGGGCUCCAGGCUGGGGCAGGAAGUUGGGGUGCAGUGGGGUGAGGGUUCUGGGUUGGGCCAGCCUGCAAGAGGGGGACUAGGGCUGGGGCUGAGGAGUUUGGAGUGCAGGAGAGUGGAGGGACACAUGGGACUGGGCGGAAGGUGUGCAGGACCACAUGGGAAAAGGGGGUGGCUGAGUGGGGGCACAGACACACAUGUGGGGAGGGGGUGCAGAGACACAUGGAGAAGGGGUGCAGGGACACAUGGGGAUUGGGUGUCUGAGUGGGGUUGGAGGGACAUAGGGGGACAGAGACAGAUGGCCUGACUGAAUGGGAAAGGCUAAGGGUCAGCCAGGAGCUGCAUGGGUGAAGCUCCCUAACAAAUCACUCCCUACUCCCUAAAAAAAACCUGUUUCAUAUUUUUCCUACCCACACUAACAACCCUCCAAGUUCACAGCCAGGCUCCUUCCCAGCAAUUACUUCCCCCUCCUUCAGGUCCUCUCUGACCCCCCUCAGCCUUUGCACUGUUUCUGAGGGGUACAGGCAACAGUUCUGUAGAGUAGUUUAAAUUACUUAUUACUCAGAGUUCUGUAUCAAUAUGUCUUGUAAGGAAUCUAUUUGUCUAAAAAACAUUUCCUGAAUCUUUUUUGUUGUCUGUAUUGGCACAGACACAGUUGCUGAUGGGUAUUUAAAUGACCAAAAUAAUGAAAACUGGUGUGAUUAUAUUGUUAUUUUUGACAAAUAAAAUACACACAAUUUUAAAAUAUUGGGUGCAGAAUUUUUAAUUUUUUGGCACAGAAUUCCCCCAGGAGUAAUGGAUUUGACUAAACAGGAUUAUCAUCCACAGUCAUUGUUUUGUAGACUUGAUGUAGCACACGGUGCAUUUUAAUCUGCUGCAGGAGCCCAAAUGGUAUCAUGACAAACAAAGAGAGCAUCUGGGUUCCUGAAUGCGAAUAAGAUUUUAUAGCAGGUCAUGGAAAUUAGGGUUUAGGAAAUUCUAAUGUCUGAGAAGGUGUGCUUCUAGCAUUCAGUGUCCUACUGUUUAUAAAUACAUGUCUGUGAAAUUAAAAAGGUUUUUGUUUUUAUUUGAUUUUUGGUUGCUGUUUGCUAUACAUCUCAAAACAAAUGUAAAUUGAGUAAAAGUGCCACAUGCAUCUUUAGAGUUAACUCUCUUUAAUAACAUUUGAUACUAAAAUGCGGGACGUUCUUUGCAAUAGCAAAGUCAAUUCAGAUCCAUGCAAUAACCAAAGGCAGAAUCUGAAAGAAAGUACUAAAGAACGAACAAUUUUGAUGCCCACUUUACUGAGGAUUGGUAAAGACACCCUUAAUAAUUCAUUAGCAUCUCAAACAUGUGCCAAUAAAAUCUUUAUACCAUGCU